AAUCCAGCAACUAUCACCAGGAUACUCCUUAGUCAUUUCAAUUGGGAUAAAGAAAAGCUGAUGGAAAGGUACUUUGAUGGCAACCUGGAGAAGCUCUUUGCAGAAUGUCAUGUAAUUAAUCCUAGUAAAAAAUCUCGAACACGUCAAAUGAACACAAGGUCAUCUGCGCAGGAUAUGCCUUGCCAGAUCUGCUAUCUAAACUAUCCUAACUCGUAUUUCACUGGCUUGGAGUGUGGACAUAAGUUUUGUAUGCAGUGCUGGAGUGAAUAUUUAACUACCAAAAUAAUGGAGGAAGGCAUGGGACAGACAAUUUCAUGCCCUGCUCAUGGCUGUGAUAUCUUGGUUGAUGACAAUACAGUUAUGCGCCUGAUCACAGAUUCAAAAGUUAAAUUAAAGUACCAGCAUUUAAUAACUAAUAGUUUUGUAGAGUGCAAUCGACUGUUAAAAUGGUGUCCUGCUCCAGAUUGCCACCAUGUUGUUAAAGUUCAGUAUCCUGAUGCUAAGCCUGUUCGCUGUAAAUGUGGCCGUCAGUUUUGCUUUAACUGUGGUGAAAACUGGCACGAUCCUGUUAAGUGCAAGUGGUUAAAAAAGUGGAUUAAGAAGUGUGAUGACGACAGUGAAACUUCUAAUUGGAUUGCAGCAAACACAAAGGAAUGCCCUAAAUGCCACGUGACCAUAGAAAAGGAUGGAGGCUGCAAUCACAUGGUCUGUCGGAAUCAGAAUUGCAAAGCAGAGUUUUGCUGGGUGUGUCUCGGCCCUUGGGAGCCACAUGGGUCUGCCUGGUACAACUGUAACCGCUACAAUGAGGAUGAUGCAAAGGCAGCAAGAGAUGCCCAAGAGGAAUUAACACAGAGAUCCAGAGCAGCCCUGCAGAGGUACCUCUUCUACUGCAACCGUUACAUGAAUCAUAUGCAGAGCCUGCGCUUUGAGCACAAACUCUAUGCUCAGGUCAAGCAGAAAAUGGAGGAGAUGCAGCAGCACAACAUGUCGUGGAUUGAGGUCCAGUUUCUGAAGAAAGCAGUUGAUGUCCUCUGCCAGUGUCGUGCCACACUCAUGUACACAUACGUCUUUGCCUUCUACCUCAAAAAGAAUAAUCAGUCCAUUAUCUUUGAGAAUAAUCAAGCAGAUUUGGAAAACGCUACCGAGGUCCUUUCUGGGUAUCUGGAAAGAGAUAUAUCCCAGGAUUCACUGCAAGACAUAAAGCAGAAAGUGCAAGAUAAGUACAGAUACUGUGAGAGUCGGCGGAGGGUUUUGUUGCAGCACGUGCAUGAAGGCUAUGAGAAGGACCUGUGGGAGUAUAUUGAGGACUGAAACUGGCCUGCAUAAAACGAACUCUGAAUACCUUUUACCAUCUAGAGUGCUCAUGCAAUUAAAGCAAAACACACACAAAAAAAGGGGCACUACGCCUAUUACACCGCUGGUCUGUAGUACCGGAAUUCUGUUUUUGUUAAUGGAAAAAAAAUUUAAGUAAAUUAUAUUGUAAUAAAAAAGGUAGAUAAACCAUUGUACAACAGUAUUCUAGGUGGCCAGUAAGUGUGACAGAUGCACUAAGAAAAAAAAAUCAACCCUCCAACUUUAACUUGUAACGUAGCUUCAUUCUCCAAGCUGACUUUUUUUCCCCUCCUACUUUCUCCUAUGCGUAUUACAGAUGAAAUUUAAAACAGUUUCUUGACACUGCUUUUCAUGUCCAACCAGCCAUUUUGAUGUACUUUGGUAUGAGAUUUCCUCCCUCCCUUCCUCCCCUCUCCCCUCACACAUGCACCAGUUCAUGGGUGAAUGUUGUUUGGCUAAUUGUAAAGAGAAUUUUUGUGGGAGGGGGGAGGAGGGGCACACAGCAAGGAAAAAAAAACCUUUGUAUAUGACUUUUAAAAAAAAACAAAGAGGACAACACAGUAUUUUUCAAAAUUGUAAAUAGCGCAUAUGCAUGGACAAAGAGCAAGCGUGGCACGUGUUUGCAUAAUGUUUAAUUACAAAAAAUAUUUAUUCUUUAAAAAUCUUCAAGAUGUCUAUUUGCUGUGCAUUUUUCUUUCAGUUUGCUUUUUACCUGGGAUUUGGGGACGGGGAGGGCAAGGCAGUGUGUGCUGCUGUAACAACUCUUUCUCUUCAUUUCCCUCCUCCCUCUCAAGAUGCUGAGAGGUGUUUUGGUUUCUUCCUCCUCUUACUGCAGCUCCUUUGCAACGAUUCCAUGGUUUGGGUGUGUUCAUUGCUGGCAACGGACACCGUCCCAUUUGCACUUCCAGCUUUUUCUGAUGCAAACUGGUUUACUUUGGUGUGUGUUUAACAUUUGGAAAUGAAAAUGUAGUGAUUCCAGCUGCUUUUGUCUCUUUUUUGCUCAGAAUAUCCAUCCUCUCUUGCUCAUCUUUCUAACCGUUUCCAUGCAUGCCCGGUAUCCACUCUGCUCUUCCUGCCUCAUAGUCAUUUCUUAGGAAAGUGUUAGGAAUUCUCUCUGUGGAUUGAAGUGCUCAAAUGGAACAUUCCUUGUUGCUUUGUCUUGUCAGUUGUGUACCACCAAAAACAAAGAUGGAGCUGUUUGUUUUGGAGGCUUAGCAAUUGAGAAAAGUGCCUGAUGUAGCAAACACUCCCAUCUACUUGCAAGGGUCUGCAGUUUCUGAAGUCACGGCAUUUUCCUCCCAUGGGUGGGAAGAGUGAGUGAGUUUCAACUACGCAUAGUCAUUUAUAGUCUCUCUUCUUAAAAUAAAAGCUUUGUCAAAGCACCAGUUGGGAGCAGUUUAUUAAAUCUGCUUCUGCCUGGAAACUCUUUGUGGUAUUUUAUUUUUCCACCAUUGCAGUGUUUACACUUUCAAGUUAAGAAGAAAAAGGAUCUGAUAAAGCAGUAAAAAAGGAGGAGAGGGAGCAUAUGUCUGUGUUAAAGCUGCAUUUCCAAAGGGCUGCUUUUAUUACUCUUUCAAGAUGAGGGAGCAGCCAGGAUCCAAAAUCUGUUUGGCUAGUUCCAUAUGCAUCCAAGUAUUUCUGUGGACUGUGGUUUAAGAACACCAGUCCCUCUAUGCAGCAUGGCAAAGAAAAAACGGAAUUGAAGGGGGUUGCCGAAAGUUUGUUACGUGUUCGGGAAGCAGAUUUUAUUGGAUGAGGACAGACUCUUGAAGUAAUGAAGUAACUCCUGGCUUUGUAUAUUGAUGGCACAAUUGGAGGUUAAUCUCUGCAUCUGUUCUCAUGCAGCCUUUGUGUGGCAGGGCUUAUUGCCUUGGUUGUAGCUCCCCCACCAAGCAGAUACCUGUUACGAGGAGAAGGUGUUUCAGUAAAGUGAUCCAUGGUGAAGAAUCAUCCCCUUCAAAAGGAUGGGAAUUAUGCUCCUUUAAGAUGAGCGCUCAAAUACCACUCCUGAGCCUUUCUGCUGUAUUCUUCCUCUGCUGUACUUUUUGCACAUUGCUGCCCGAGAUGGAUUGAAAACUCCCAGUCAGGUUCCCCAAUCCCACCCCAGUUUUCUUUUAGCACUCUCCUUUUAUUUUUGUUUCCUUUUUGGGCCUGGAACUGGGUUGAUGGAACUGGUGGUCAUGUUGUGUGGGUGUAAUUUGGAUGAAUGUGUCCAUGCUUUUAGCCCUUCCCCAUCAUUUUCCUUAUUUUCAAACACCUUGCUCAUCAUCAUCAUCCCCCUCUUUUUGUUAAAGGAAAAAAAAACCAAACCACCAAAUGAACUGUAUAUAAACAUGCUGUAUCUUCUACCAAUGAAGAUUGUACACAUAACUUCUUUUGUGGAGGGGAAAAAAGUUUUGUAAAUCUUAGUGGGCUUUGGACUGAGUUGACUUAACGCAGAAGCUCUUGUAAAGGCUUGCUCAUUGAUUCUGAACCCCUCUCCCCCCUUUUCUACCCUUCAGGUAGUCCCUUCUUUUCUUAAAAAAAGCAAAUCCUUGGCAAUGAAGAUGCUACUCUCAAGCUUUGGUUGGUGCAAUAUGUGAAAAUAAUGAUUGGUGUUGAGUUUAUCAUGGGCUAAUUGAAUGAUGGGGCCGCUAGCCGCAAAGAUGGGGAAGCAGAGCACAGUCUGCAUUUUGUAACCCACCCUCUUCUGCUCCACAUAAUUCACUGCAGCUUUUUUUUUUGGGGGGGGGGGGGGGGGAGUGAGAAGUAUUCUGGUAGUGUAUGUAUCAGACAGUCUUAAUUUUUCAAAACCAUUUAACCCCAAAAUGUUUUUAGUACAACUGCUGUAUUAGGAAUCAGUUAUUGUGAGACAAGAGCGGUGCUCUUUGGAGAACCUUUCCAUGUACAAGAGGAUCCUGUUAUCCAGCACUUGGGAGGGUUGGAAGACAAUCGGACUGGGCUGUGGCUGACUGAAGACUUGUGAUCUUCUAAAACUAAUUCCAUCUAGAGAGCACCUCAUGCUGUGGAAAUAACUGUUCUUAGACUUCAUUGUAACUGCUGGACUGUUCCGUGUUAAGGCUAAACAGAGGGAGAGAAAAGCGUUCCUAAUUCUAAUAAACUUUUAUUUUGUUA